AUGUCGGAUCUUUUGCAAUUCUGGGGCGACCGUUUAGAGUCACCAACUCUUAAUGAGCUACCUGCAGAUUUUAACAGACCAGCAAAUGGUAAAAGUACCGAGGCUAGCACUAAGAUCGGGCCUAUUUCUGGCACAACAGCAAGCGAGGAUGAGUUUAUCACUGAUUUGGCAGUGUUCGCACUUUUGGUUCGCCGUCUUUCCGGGGAUGAAUUAAUCACUAUUGCUACCAACAAUGCAAAACAGCAACCAUUUGUGUUGACACUCACGUUGGACGACCCAAAGAUUACAUUUUCAGGUUUGCGUGCGCAAGUUGCGAAGACCUACAAGGAGCUGAGCGAGAAAGUCGUGCCCUUGGAUGAAAUCGCAAAGUUUUUACAGGAGAAAAAGGGCCUAGAGAAGCCACCAGCAUUGUUUACAGUGUCGUUUGAACAUUCGUCAUCAGAUGGAUUACACAGGGCAUUGACAGAGUCAGUUGCCGCUGGAUCGAGGCGGGACGUCGCCUUGUACUUCGACGUGAGGGACGGGUCGAUCGACGUGCUAUACAACUCGCUUCUCUACAAGAAGUCCCGGAUGGAGAUUUUCACGGAGCAGUUUGCGAAAGUCAGACAGAGUGUUGCCAAGAAUGCGGACGAGGCUGUUUCGAGUAUCUCGCUUGUGACGGAGACGCAGCAGAAGGUGCUUCCAGACCCAAAGCGGGAUCUAGACUUCAGCAACUUCCGGGGAGCCAUCCAGGAUAUCUUCAGUGAUAAUGCAGCGAAAUUCCCGGAAAGGGAGUGUGUUGUGGAGACAGCAUCGAAGCUGGAUGCAGAUUCGCACGGCAGAACAUUCAACUACCGGCAGAUUGACCAGACUUCGAACGUUGUGGCCCAUUACUUGAUUGCAAAUGGUAUCAAGAGGGGCGAUAUUGUGACGAUAUACGCAUACAGAGGGGUGGACUUGGUUGUGGCAGUCAUGGGAGUGUUGAAGGCGGGUGCAGCAUUCUCAGUGAUCGACCCGGCUUAUCCACCAGCCCGGCAAAACAUCUAUCUUCGCGUGGCCGACCCAAGGGGUAUCAUAGUGAUCCGCAAAGCCGGUGUGAUCAACCGGUUGGUCGAGGACUACAUUUCAAACGAGUUGCACGUUGUGGCACGCAUUGACGGGCUCGAUUUGCAGGAUGAUGGCACGAUUGUGGGCAGCAGGGGCAGCAGCAAGGAGGAGGAGGGUGCAGAAAACGUCUUGGAGCCAUUCUACGCAGAAAAAUCCAGCAGACCAAACGUCUUGGUGGGCCCAGACUCGGCACCAACACUUUCCUUCACAUCUGGCUCGGAAGGUGUGCCCAAAGGUGUGCUUGGCCGGCACUUCUCGCUCGCGUACUACUUCCCAUGGAUGGCCCGGCAGUUCGGGCUCUCGGAAAAAGACCGGUUCACGAUGCUUUCCGGUAUCGCACACGACCCGAUUCAGCGAGACAUGUUCACGCCGCUUUUCCUCGGUGCCAAGCUCUUGGUUCCGACGGCUGACGACAUCGGAACGCCGGGCCAGCUUGCAGAGUGGAUGUCCGAGCAUGGGGCCACCGUUACGCACCUUACACCGGCGAUGGGCCAGCUUUUGUCGGCAGAUGCGACUGCGGAGAUCCCAUCCUUGCACCACGCAUUCUUCGUCGGCGACAUCCUCACCAAGCGGGAUUGUUUCCGGUUGCAGACGUUGGCCGGCAACUGUGCAAUCGUCAAUAUGUACGGCACGACGGAAACGCAGCGUGCAGUUUCGUAUUUCGAGAUUCCAAGCCGGAGUGCAGACAGCAUGUUUCUCGAGGCUCAGAAGGACGUGAUUCCGGCGGGUUCCGGCAUGCAGAACGUGCAGUUGGUGGUGGUGAACCGGGACGAGCCGUCGGAAACGUGCGGCGUGGGUGAAGUGGGCGAGAUCUACGUGCGUGCGGGCGGUUUGGCCGAGGGCUACCGCGGGCUUCCGGAGAUGAACAAGAAGAAGUUCUUGGGCAACUGGUUCACGGACGGUGGCGAGUUCGAGGCCAGGGACCGGCAGUUGGACCACGGCGAGCCCUGGAGAAAGUUCUGGAAGGGCCCCAGGGACAGAAUGUACCGGACUGGGGACCUUGGCCGGUAUCUUCCGGACGGAAAUUGCGAGUGUUGCGGCCGGGCGGACGACCAGGUGAAGAUCAGAGGCUUCCGUAUCGAGUUGGGCGAAAUUGACACGCACAUCUCGCGUUUCCCGCUCGUCAGGCAGAACGUGACCUUGGUCCGGCUCGACAAGAACAAGGAGCGGACCUUGGUGUCGUUCGUGGUGCCUAAGCAGGUGCCCGAGCUUGCCCAGUACAGGGUGACGGACGACGAGCAGGUGAAGUCGAUUGCCGACCCGAUCGUCAAGGGACUCGUCGAGUACAGGCCCCUGAUCGAGGCGUUGCGUGCACACUUGCAGAAGCGUUUGGCCAACUACGCGGUUCCAACGUUGAUCAUCCCGAUGGCCCGGUUGCAGUUGAACCCGAACGGCAAGAUCGACAAGCAGAAGCUUCCGUACCCUUCGCAGGAGCAGCUCGCACAGGUUGCCAAGCUUGUGGAGCAGGACCAGAAGGAGGCUGCGGAAUUCACCGCGGACGAGGCCCAGAUCAGGGACUUGUGGCUUGAUGUUCUCCCUAACCGGCCCGCCGCAGUCUACCCGGACGACUCGUUCUUCGACCUAGGCGGGCACUCGAUUCUCGCCACGCGGAUGAUUUUCGCGUUGAGGAAGAAGCUCGGCGUGCAGGUGCCGCUCGGGGCCAUCUUCCACCACCCGACGAUCAGCCGGUUUGCUGCCGAAGUGAGCCGACUUCGUGCCGAGCAGCAGCCGGGCACGGACCGACAAGGUGCCGACGAGCACCCGGCCGACUCCGCGGACUCAGGGGCCCCAGACUACUACGGGGAUGCGGUCAACCUCGCCAAGACCAUGUUGAUGCCUGCCUACGCCACGCGGUACACGCUUGACAAGACGCAGCCCAUCAACGUGUUCUUGACCGGGUGCACGGGAUUCCUCGGCCCGUUCAUCAUCAGGGAGCUCUUGAGCCGGGUUGGCAAGCUCGACAUCCACAUUUACGCCCACGUGAGGCAUGCUGCGAACCCGGAGGAGGGCAUGGAGAGGCUCGUGAGGAGUGCCACGGCCUACGGCAUAUGGCAGGAGGCCUGGAGGAGCCGGAUCACAAUCGUGUUGGCCGACUUCUCGAAGCCUCAGCUAGGCAUGGCCUCCAAGGACUACAGAGAGCUCACGGAGACGAUCGACACCAUCAUCCACAAUGCGGCCCUCGUGCACUGGGUGUACCCAUACUCGCAGCUCCGGGACUCGAAUGUGAUCUCUGCGAUCAACGUGCUCAACCUCGCUGCACACGGCAAGCCCAAGACCUUUGCGUUUGUGUCAACGACCUCCACGCUUGAUGUUCCGCACUACAACAAGCUCUCGGCCGAGCUCGUGGCCGCCGGGAAGGCCGGAAUUCCCGAGGAAGACGAUCUGCUUGGAUCCUCGACCGGACUUUCCAACGGUUACGGCCAGUCCAAGUGGUCUGCCGAGUAUGUGAUUCGCCGGGCGGGCGAAAGGGGCCUCCGGGGCUCGAUUAUCCGCCCGGGAUACAUCCAGGGCUGCUCGUUCUCGGGGGCCGCCAACAGAGACGACUUCUUGCUCCGGAUGCUCAAGGGUUGCAUGCAACUGGGCCGCUAUCCGAAAAUCGACAACCCUGUAAACACCGUCCCCGUCGACCACGUCGCUCGGGUCGUUGUUGCCUCUGCUCUCCACCCUCCAAAACCCCGGGGCGAGACCAGUUUGGCCGUUGUCCAGGUCACGGGACAUCCCCGGAUUCCAUUCCAGCAGAUGCUCUCAUCUCCCGCCCAGUACGGCUACGAUGUCUCGGGACUCGACUACCAGCAGUGGAAGGAGUGUCUUGAGAAAUAUGUCAUCACGGACGGCCACUCUGACAGUGCACUCUUCCCUGUUCUCCACAUCGUUUUGGGUGAUCUUCCUGCCGACUCCAUGGCUCCCCAGCUAGACGAUUCGAAUGCUGUUGCUGCCUUGAAGGAGGACCAGUUCUGGAACGCCGAUUCCGCCGAUUACUCUGCCGGUGCAGGCGUCAACUUGAAGAUUAUGGGUGUCUACAUCAGCUACCUCGUCAAGAUUGGCUUCCUCCCUCCACCUGCUUCCCACGGAAAGCUUGCUUUGCCUGAUGUCGAAGUCUCUGCCGAGUCUUUGAAGUUGAUCCACCAGGGUGUGGGCAAGAGAAGCAGUGCUGCCAAAUAA